AUGAAGCAAGACAAUUUCAAGGAUAUGUGGGAACACAAUGUAUAUUAUCUGUUUUCAGAUAGAGCAGAGUGGGAACUUGCAAAAUUCCUUUGCAAGAACUUGAAUCAAGGGCAGAUCACUCGAUUUCUGAAACUUCUCUGGAAUGCCAAGCAGCUCUUUACUUUCAUGGAGGCAUUACCAGUGACCCCUAAAUGGAAGUGCACACCCAUCGAGACUGAUGGAUAUAUGACUACGCACCCCAUGAAUCUCAUCUGUCAACUGCCCACUGGCACAUCUAUAGUACCCAUCAUUCUGGCAUCUGACAAGACCCCAGUAACACAACACACAGGCUCACUCGAGAUGCACCCCACAUUCCUGACAAUUGGGAACAUCCACUCUGAAAUUCACAUGAAGGCAACCUCACACACAUGGGCCUGCAUCACAUACAUUCCAACCCCAGAAUAUAUCAUGAACCAUGAUUUCUCAGGAGUAUUGGAAGUGCACCUCUGGCAUAGGUGCAUGGAUAUGGUCUUACAAAACCUGAAGGUUGCAGCUCAAGUGGGCAAAUUCAUGACAGACCCAAUGGGUUGCCAGCAUUAUGCAUUCACACUGCUUGCCACCCACAUUUCUGACCUUCCCGAGCAACUUAUGAUUGCAUAUCCCUGGAAAGUUCGGGAAUUCCUGGAGCAGGCAAAGCAACAAUCACUCAGUGGUGUCCAUCUCCCGUAUUGGCGUGACUGGUGGUUUUCUGACCCUGCCAUUUUCCUCAUCCCUGAACUACUACACACAUGCCACAAGUUUUUCUUCAAUCAUAUAUUGAAAUGGUGCAAGGAGGUGGUAGGCGUUAAUGAGCUGGAUGCUCAAUUCCACAGCCAGCAUAAACAUGUUGGCAUGCGUCAUUUUGCUGAUGGCAUCUCUCAUGUUAAUCAAAUGACCGGAUACUUCAUAUAUAAAUCACAGGCUCCUACCUUCACCAACUCCUCCAUUGGCAGCAUGGUUGCCUCCCUCAACGAGUUCCACGCCCAUAAACACUUCAUCUUAGAGGUGGAGGCUUGCACAGGAGCCUCUGGCCCAAUGAGUCAUUUCCAAAUCCCAAAACUCAAGCUCUUUAAUUCCUUUGCACACUCUAUCUGUAAAUCUGCAGAUGCCAGCGAACGGCUGUUGAUCACACACUGCAAGACACCUUUCACUUGGACAAGUCACCAAAGGAGCAUGUUUACUCAACAGGUUGACACAAUGCAACAAUUUGACUUGUACGCCCUCCUUCGUGAAUGGGGGAUCUCUCUUUUCAAUGAAGUCGUUGAUACCGAUCCAACAUUCAGUUGGAUAGUGUGCAUUACACCACAGGAGAUGCACUGGAUUCUUUCCAAUGAGGCCAGUGUGGCUUUUCACAUUACAAUUGCUCACAAUCUCACUGAUAAGAACGCCACUACUCUGGCUAAUCAUUAUCAUCUCCCUCAUUUCCCACAACUGCUCGCACAAUUUCUUGAAGUUGUCUCUGGUCCUAACUUGCACUUUCAUGGUCACCUGCUUAAAGCCUGUAAUAUCAUGCCAAGCCAGCAGGUUCAGGCCUAUCCACCAUCUGAUUCCCAUCCUUAUGGAAAUUGCAAUAUUGUCCUCCUUCAACCUCCAGGCCAUGAUCCACAGUAUUUUUGCUGUUUGUUCCAUACUGCACCUGAUGGUUCUCGCACGUGGGUUGGGAAGAUUGGAUGCCUUAUUGAUGUCACUCAUGCUAUAGAACUCAUACCAGUCUAUGGGGUAACAUUGGAUUGCACUGUUACCUCCGCAAAGUCUCUUGAAUGCUACAAUGAUUUCUAUCUCAAUGCAUUCUCUGACAAAGAGUGGUACCAUACACUACAUGCAGAUUAUGUCUAG